CUUGCCCACGUACUUGGCAUUCUUGUAAAACUCCCUUUUCUUCUCUACAGGACAACUUAUUAUGGCAGGAUUGUAAUUAUUGGUGGUGGAUUUGAUGCUGGCGAAGGUUUCAAGAGAAAGGCCCCCGCUGCCGCCUCCCAGCCUCUUCAUGUUGCUUUUCUUCUUCACGGCCGAUGGUUUCAGGGCGUCGAAUUUCGUCAUCGUUGGUGGAGCGAAACGAAACUUUGGCUGCAGAAAAUUGAAAAGCUCGCCAACCCUAAUCUCGCAGCCGGUGGCCUGCUGGAACUGGAAUUGGAGCGGCCAGAGGAAGACGAGAAUCGAACGACAGAGCAAGGAAUUGGAUUCGAGUGGCCGGCAGAGCAGACAGAGCAGAGGGAUGAAGUGGCGUUUCUUCGUUUCUUUGCCUUCGGC